GUCAACAUCCUGUUAGACCUGUUAGGCCACGCUCCCCUAGGUGAUGUCACACUAAAGAGGGCAUGCGAUUUUUGUAGUCGAGGACACAGGCUGUUGAAUCUGCACUUUACCUCAACGUGUUUCUCGAUAUUUGACGGUAGUGAUCAAAACAUGUCUGAAGAGCCACGCAACAAAAACCUGAAGCAGACAGACCUUCUGAGUCCUAAAAAGGAGAUUAACACAGACAGUGAAAAUGAGGAGUCUUCACAUGCUGGGAUCACUAAUCAGGUAACUAUCAAAACCAUGUCUAAAGGACCACCAAACAAAAAACUGAAGGAGACAAACCUCCUGAGCUCUUUCCAAAACAAUCCUGAAACGAUGGCUCCCACACCAAAGCUAGAAGAGAACUACUCCAAACACCCACAACAGGAAAUGAUGGCUCAAUCAUCAAAGCCAGAAGAGAAAUACUCCAAACACCCACAACAGAGAGCAGAAGAACAAGAACACACUUUCAAAUUUUGUUUCGACUCUGAUCCUGAUCCAGUUGUUGUGGAAUGUAACACAUCCAUGACUGUGCUGGCUGCUCUUGAACAAAAAGAAAUAUUUCAGAAUAACAAGAGUAUUAGAGACACCAAGAAAGAGAUGGUAAUCAAGCGAGCUAAUGGAGCUGCUGUGAAAACAGAUUUCCCAUGCUGUCUUAUUAAAAAGGAUGAGACCUUAACCAUAUUCUUCAUCAAAACGGAAAAGAAAAAGAAAGAGACACAAGCAAUACCUUCUUUACCUAGAACGGACCUAGUCAAGUUCUACAUUAAAACAACAGGAAAGGAGAAAUUGAUGUACAUAAUAAAAAGCAAUGAACUAAGAAACAAAGUUGAUUAUGUAUGUGUUUGUGGAUUAGAAGAAGAACAAACUGAAACUGCUCUAAAGCGUGAUGGACGAUUCAAUGAAAAAAUAUUCCAGAAACUCUGUGUCCUGUCACUAGUGUCUGAAUGUACUGGUAAACAAUCAAGAUAUGAAAUGUCCAACUCUGUUAAGCGUCUUAGAAACAAGAGAUUUGAGAUCAUUGCUAUUAAUGACAAACGGCCUGACUGCCAAAUGAAACUAAACACAAUCAAGACUGAAAAUGCAUCAGAUGUUGAUUAUGAGAAAUAUGAUCUGAGACAACCUACAACCAGCAGUGAACAAGGAACAAUCCAAGAGAGGGAUACAAAAUCACCAGGUCCUCCAUCUACAGGCCAAGUAACUCAGAACCCUUCUGGGGAUUUUGGAGGAUUGUUCUACACUGAGAUUAAAGAGUUUCUGCAGACUUCAUUUGAAAAUAUAAUGAAGAAGCUAAAACAGCGAAAGAACCCCCAGGUUCAGAAGUUCUUCCAAGAAGAUUACGAUAAAGGCAUUCAGUGUUUCACUGAGGUGAACAAAGUGAAGCAGAUCAUGACACUCUCUGACUCUGUGUGUAUGAUUCUAGUUGAUAAUUGUGCCACUGGAACAGGCUUCCUAGCCUUUGACAGAUUCAUCCUUACUAAUGCUCAUGUCAUUAAGGACUUUGUUAAUUGUGACACUCUUAAACUUUCACGGCCUCUGAAAGCUGUAUUUAAUUUUGAGGUUGUAGGAUCUGCGACAAAAGUUCUGUCAGUUAAAGAUGACAUAAUUGCUUGUGGUUUUGAGCUUGAUGAGAGACGCAGAUUCUAUGAUUUCGCACUUCUUGAAUUGGAAGCUACACCUGAUAACUGUCCCCAAUUGUUCAAACGUUAUAUACAUUCCCCUCCUCCAAACUGUGGUGGGAUCUACAUUGUGGGACACCCAGGUUGUGGAGUCAAGAAGAUGGACCCCUGCUUCAUUAUUGAGCCUGAGAAACAACUCCAGAGUAUAAACAAACACAUAUCUGACAAUAUGUCCUGCCCAUAUGUAUCACUGCAAGUCCUGCCGUAUCUGCAUCAGAAUAGGAUAACCUAUGACACUUGUAUGUUUCAUGGAUCUUCUGGCUCCCCGGUGUUUGAUGAACACUGCUAUCUGAUUGGAAUGCAUACUGGUGGCUUUCAUUAUAAAGAUCAAAAUAACACAGAUAGGAGUGUUAUAGAAUAUGCCUAUUCCAUGCAGUCUAUCGUGAAAGGCAUUGUCGAACAUGUCAGGUCAAGGAGACAUGACAUCUUAAAUUUACUUUCUGAGUUUGAUUCAAUUAAAGCACAGUUUAAACUUGAGAAGACUGAAGAUACAACUGGAGCAAUUCAGCAACAAGAGCAGUAUGAGAAAGAAGAGGAAAUGGAUGUAGACUGAUGGGAUUCUAGAGCCGUGUCUACUGAUUGAAGACCCAAAGUCAAUCAGAAUUUUUUUUUUUUUUUUUAAAUUUCAAUUCAAUUUUCAAAUAUCUAGUGUGGAAAAUAAGUAUUGAACACGUCAGCAUUUUUCACAGAAAACAUAUUUCUAAAUGUGCUGUUGACUUGAAAUUUUCACCAGAUGUUGGUAACAACCAAAGAAAUCCAUAUGUGCAAAGAAAAUGUAACUAAUUGGAUAACAAACAAAGUUCUGUGUAAUAAAAUG